GAGCCUGUCGUGUGCAACAUGGACGACGAUGGGCUGCCGAUUAUUGGGCACGGCGUUGAUUAUACCAAGGUCCCACCGAUCCAACAGAAGCGGACUCUAGCUUUUCUCAACUAUUUCCUAACAAGGACGACUUCGUUUCUCAAUCAUUUCGCAACUGUCUGUGAUGAGAAACUGGAAGACCUACUCGUCAGAAUACAGCGACUGGAAGCAUCUAUGUGCAUCUUAGAGGCGAAACUUUCGUCGAUUCCUGGCCUCGAGAAUGUGACGGCCGGUGCAACUGAAGCCAAGCCGGAGGCAAAUGAUCAGCAGAGUACGACGCAGGCCACGGCUGGACAGAGCCAGUCACACCAGUCGCAGGCAAAUGGUCCUACGACUGACACAAAGGCCGAACCCCUCCAGGCAGCAGCCACUGCAACACAGCCUCCAGCUGCACCAACAAACACGGUCUCCAAGGAUCCUAGGUUUUCAAAGUACUUCAAGAUGCUCAACUUUGGUAUUCCUCUGGGUGCUGUUCAAAUCAAGAUGCGGCAAGAAAAUGUGGAUCCCAGCAUAUUAGACAAUCCUGAUGCACCAGCGCCCCCGGGGGCUCCAACUUCUCCAUGUCCUGCGGACGACGACAGCUCCGACGACAGCAGCCUGAGCAAUUGAUGCGGCAAAUUUGUGAACCGGCACCCACAUUCCAUGCAUGGUCGCAAACAUGCGCCUGGGUACAUCCUCGCCACACUCGUAUUCAUGCCAAAGCAAGCCGCCGUGCUCAAAGAAGACAUUCAACUAGCUUCAAAGCACCUGUGAAGAAGCCUUACAGCGAGCCGGUGUCACCACAGCUUGCCGCAAUGUGGUGUUACGGCACGUAACACUCGCUGUUACUUGACAGACGCGUGCUGCAGUCUUUGGGGUGUUGUGCCCAUGCUGAUAAAUAUUGUGAGCUUAAGUGUCACUUGCAGUCACAGUUGCUCUUUGUGACGGUUCAGGCAGCUUAGUGUGCAAGGAAUAUUUGUGUUGGCCAAAAGAUCUUUCGGGUGGGUCGUAGGGUAGAUGGCAGCAAUCUAGGUACUGAAUUGUGGGAGGGUACUCGUACUAGCAGCUUCGCAGGUGUUCAUGAAUGGAUGGGAUGCAAUGGAAUAAUUGAGACAUUUACCAUAGUUUUUAUAGUUGAAUGUUGAAACUGGUAAACAGGUAUGGGCGUGCAGGAAAAGUGCAGACGCUCUUUUGGGUGAAUGAAGUGUUGCUGAUGCAGGCCAGUACAGCUCUGUAAAUUGGCAUCAGAGCAUUCUUGUUGGUUUCCUGAAUCUGGUAUUGAAAGAGAUUACAGGGUGUGAUGAUGCUGUUUCAUUUCUCUGCACCACUGGCUUGUACCUGCUGCUUUGUGAAGCAACAAUGCGCGAUGCGUGUAUGCUUUAGAAAUGUUUUGUAAUCGUAAUAGUGUUGAUGGCUUGCUCGUGGAUUCAUUUCCUCCCCGUGUCAUUGCUAUUUGGGGUAGUCGGUGCUUUUGCACAAGAAGGGUAGGCCAGUUAACAUUCCUCUAACAGAAAGUGUAUUGUUUGUGCACGCAGACCCAGCCUUCCGAGUGAUUUCACAUUACAAGUGCAAAAUUAAACGCAAAUUGUACGUCAUAUAGUUGCUCGUGCCGUGUACAUUCAUGAGAGAGUUUUAGAAACAGCAUAGCGAAGCAACUUUGUGUACGCAAAGACCCCACCUUCAUUGUAGGCCCUUUGCAUUCUUUUGUAAGCGGGGUGGUCUGCUUCUCUUAAUUUUGGGCGCACAAUAUCUAAAACAUCCUAUUGUCUGUAACCUAAAGUGGUGCUUGGCUGUUAUGUUCGUGUGUUACUGAACCAUAUACGACUUAUUUUUAUUGCCCCGUUUCUUUUGGCUGCGUGGAAGUUCCAAGCCACUGCACUGAAAGGGAAGAAUGUUCGAUGCUUUCUUCAGAAGGCGUGCGACUGUUCGCUGAAACAGUGAGAAAUGUGAUGGCAUGGCCACCACAUGCCGAAGUAUUGCAUGAAGCAUGCCAAUGUGACACCGACUUCUAAAGUUCCUCUUUCGUCCUUGCUUUCAGCACGUAAAUGAAAAAUACUCUUGUGUUUGUGCGGGUGGACACUUUGGAUAGAGCUGAAAUCAUGGCUCCUUUAAUUAUUGUGAUCCUCGCAGUGGUGUUUUGAUCACCAAGUUUCUUGUGUAUCAUGUGCGUGUUUUCAGCGGUAGCAGGCAGACAGUUGAAAUGUUUGCAAGUUUCUCUAGUCCAUGUUGUUUGUCCCCGUUUCUUGCUUUUCAUUACUAGAUAGCACGCCUAAAAUCGCCUGCCAUGUAGAUUCCUGACAUAAGUAUUUAGCAUGAUGACAUGGAACCGCAUUAGAAGCUCGUCAACGCUGCUUUUUUUUUUUUGUAUGUGUAGGUUCUUGCUGUUCAUGACUGCAUGCUGUCAGAAAUGACCUGCAUGCCGCAGUAAAAUUCAUGAUUUAGGUAUUUAUCAAGGUAGUAAGGAGCCACUACAGGAAGUGCUUCCUAAUCUUAACCUUAUGCAAAUGGCGGGAAGAAAGUCACUAUAUUGCUCUAAGUGCAAAGCAGCAAGAACAGUGUAUUUGUGCUGUAGCACUUCAUGUCAAAACGUGAAGGAUUGAGUCACCUUACCUUUUGUGUCUUCCACAUAAUCUGUCCAGAAGCUGCAGUAUUUGUCAAUUCAUUCUAAUGGUGCAAUGCUUGGAAACUUAUGGAUUUCCAGAGUAGAGCGAACCCCGCACCCUCCAUCACCGUGUGAUUUUGUUUGGCAUUUGUGCGUCUUGAACGUCUUUGUUCGUAGAAUCGCGUUUAUUCGCAGUCAUGCACAUGGUAGUGUGCAGGUCACAUUUGAAGCACUUUCGGCUUAUGUGCGAUUCCCACGGCAUUUGUUGCAUUGCACAUUUCGUAUUGAAUGAAAAUGAGACGUGGAACAGGAAAUUGCAACACAUUGGCAUUUUUUUCUCAGCUAUGAUUAACUGCAGUGCGUCUACCUGCCUUGUUAGCCUGAUCAUUUUGCUUCUGCACCAAUGCUGUUUCUGCCACACUCAUAAGGUUACCGGUGUUUUUUUAAUUUAACAGCCAUUUCAUGUCGUACUAAUUAGUGUGUUUACAAGAAACAGCUGGAAAGUCCAAAUAAUUCAGAUUUUCUGUUAUAGACAGGGUAGAAUCAGCAAACUUGUACUCUAUGAAGAGUAAAGAAUCAUUUGGGACAGAAAAUUCCAAACUUAUCUUGGGAAUGCUUGGCAUACUAGUUAGAUGCUAUCCUCUGACACCCAUUUCUGAAGAUUAUCAUCUACUACUUAACGCAUGUAUGUACAUUGAAAUAAGUCAUUUGAUUGUGCAAAAAUAAAGGUGUGUACUUCCGUUCUGUGUACCUAGGAUGACGUAGCAGUACUAAUAAAGCUCCACUGUGUUUAUUUUUCCCAUAGUGCUGUAUAGAAAAGAAAAAAAAUACUACUUGUCGUAAAGUCAAGUUUGCGCUGUGUUCUCACAAGCAUUAUCAUGUCAUAUGCCACGCCUUCUGUGUUAGCAGUUUCCAGUAAAAAAAAAAAAGCACUGUUUAGGCAAUUGUAUUAUUGCAACCCCUCGCUAUUUAUAUUUUUCAAUCAGUAUGCUGAUUAGUAUGAUCAGAUAUGAUUAGUAUGCUGAUCAGUAUGCUGCAUUUCACUUGCUUCAUGUUUAAGAACAUGUACGCUUUUAUUUCUUACGUCCACAGUUCAUCGUCUUCGUGAUGCACUACACUUUUGACUUCACAGGCAAAUCUGCGAGCUGUUGGGUUCUCUAUGGCACCUACAGUUUUCAGUUGCCAACGAUGAUUAUUAAGAAUGCUUGUUCCCAGCUUCUAGCAACACUUCAUUAAUGCUGUGUGACAUUGGGUCCUGCAGAGCAGACUUUAGUUUUGCAUUGUUAUGACCAGCGCAUAAUGGGAGACGAUAACACGUCUUCCAUGUUUUUGUCUACCGUUAUGCGCCGUUUGUAAUUAUGCAGAACCAACUCGGCCAAGGCUGCACCUUUACAGACUUUAGUAGUGUUGAAUAAUUUUAAAUCACUGCCUGUGGUAAUCACCACCCUGGCAUUUGAAACACCAUUAUAUGGCAACAAUAUAUCAACUUUCAAAAAAAAUUCUCUCUAAUGCUUUCAAUGUUUCGAAGAUAAUCUUUGAGACAAACUAGCAUUAAAAUCAAAUCACCUUCAUGGACUUUUUGCCUAAAUUUUACAACAUGCACAAGGUUGAUUGUCUAGAUUUUCGUGAUGAUCCACUUAACACUGCAGCAAAAGCAUUGAUGUUAUGCGAGGACUUUGUGGCUAAGCCCUCGGCAAAGCGAGUUGGAAUGCGUGCGCUAUUUAUUACCUCCAUAGCUGACAAAUCAUUCCAGCUGUAGACUUCAUUGAGGGCACUUUCGUAUGAAGUUCAGUGUCGUACCUCGCAUGUCAAGUCGCUUGAUUUCUGGAUGUGCCUGUUUAUAUGUGAGCUUUUGCCUUAGGCUGUCCACAAGAUGCUUCGAAUGUGAAGCUGUUUCUUUUUCCCACUUUGUUGACACUAGACCAAAGGCUGGAGCCGUUUGUGAUAUGUGAAGGCAUUGUGAUAAACUGGAAGCUUGGUGAAGUCUGUAUUUGUAUUCGCCUGCAUUUUACAAGACAAUGCAAAACAGGUGAAUGGGCUGUUUGCAGUUAUGUAAUUAUAAAGAAUACAUAUCAUUGGAUGAACUGGACUUGUAUUUGUCAAUAAAUGGCGGGAAAUAUGCUAGAAGUUGAUUUGAACAUGCAAUGGCACGGACUGUAUAGUCAUAAGGGAAAAGCUGUUGCAUGUUGCAAAGGGAGAUGAUGAUGUGCGGGGCCAUUUGUUCUUACAGGGAAAUGCCGAAUUAUUCAUGGCAACAUAGCUUAAGAGGAAGCUUUAGCUCAGAUGCUCCAAUCUAAAUGCGUGGGAAAGGAGAACUAGUUUUUCUCGGCCACCACUGCACGAAGUUUGGCGAAGAAAAUUUAAUCGCAUAUGUGAGCAUUUGAAUGAUACUAGUAAGAUGUUUUUUUCCAAAAUGAGACUGUAGUGUACAUUGCUAUGUGUUGCAGUGUCGUCGAGACUGUGAGGGACGGAAUAGAGGGAGUGAGAAAAAAGGCGCACUAGAAGGUGUAGCCAAUCCAUUUUCAUGGAGCCAUGGUCGUGCCAAAAACGGUGUGCAUGUAGACGUCGCCCAUGAAGCGAGAUGGUUACAUAGCAUCUGCUUUUUUGUAAUUUGCUUGUCGUAUGUAUUGAACCCUAAACCGAUAUUAAAGCUUGUAUAGUUCUGGUGA